UGUAGCUUGGGGUGGUUUUGGACAUGCUAUAUGUGCGGGCGACUCAUUCAAAGAUCAGUGAUGGACUGAGGCUGACUGUAUUGUCUUUUCUAGACAAUGGCUCGAGAACAAACAUUUCUGUCACUAGUUUUUCACAUGAUUUGCAUCUUUCUGCUGUGGAGGGAGGGGAAGUUCUGCUUGGUUGGUAUAUCUGCCUGAUAUCUAUAUCUUUGUAUUAGUAUUUUAUAGCAGGCUCAAAGUAGACAGAUGACUGAGAUAAGACUGCCCUCUAUGCAAAUGAUCAGCGACUAAAUAAAACUGGUUCUGUUUGGAUGCACUACACUAUUGGCUUCUUCCUUUUUCACAGCUGUUCGGUUUCUUCACUCAAGACUGCUUUUGAAGUUAAUCUCUGUCGGAUAUUGUAUUUCGUGAUUUAUUUAUUUUUUUACUCCUGGCUCUCUUUUAAAUGUGCUUUUCUUCCGUGAUAAUUGUUAAUUCAACCGUUACUAUCUAUGCUAUGCAUCCAGUGCCUUGAAAAGUUUGAGGUGGCCUGGCUGCAGUGAUGUCCAGAUCUACAAAAUCAGCCUCGAGGUCUCGGAGCCGCUCGAGGACCCGGUCAAGAUCCCGCACCACCUCUCGCUCCAGGAGCCGCUCCAGAUCCCGCUCCAGGAAGCGCCACUACCGCUCUAGGUCUCGGUCAUGGUCAAGAUCUCAUUCCCCAUCUCAUAACCGGGAGAAGAAAUAUCAGAGGGGAUACCAGAACGGUCGAGAGUUCCGGGGCUACCACCGCGGCUUCCGGAGGCCGUACAACUUCAGGGGCCGAGGGCGGGGCUUCUUCCCACGUGGUCGCUACCAGCGUGGUGGUGGUGGUGGUGGUGGUGGGGGUGGUGGCUAUAACAAUAACGGCAACUUCCGCCCCAACUGGAAGAAUUACAAGCAGUACCCUCAAAAACAGCAACAACAACAACAACAGCAGCAGCAGCAGCAGCAGCAGCAGGAGGAGCCAAACCAUUCACGAGGACGCUCUCACAACCUCCAGCAGCGCUCAGGAAGCCCCCCACGAGGUCACUCUCACCACUCUGACCGAUCCUCCUCUCCAUUAUCCAGACACUCGCAGCAUUCUUCCUCUUCCUCACACUCCUCCUCUCCCAAAAGGAGGCCAGCCUUGUUGCAAAACUCCAAAGAUGUGAAAGACGAGCAGUCUGUCUCCAAGGAGGUCCAAAAGGGAGGAGGGGGAGAUGAGGAGCCAGUGGAGCUUGGAGGGGUGUUGGCAGGAGAUGCCAAAGAUGGCGCCUGCAGUGGGAAAAGUGAGGGGAACUGGCAGAGCGUGACGGACUGCAGUCCAAAGAGAGCGAGCGCUCUGACGAGCUCUGUUGUUAUUGUUGGUCAGAACAGCCAAACUGCUAACCAGUCUAGUCCUUCCCUGAAAAUGACGAAUGACAUCAACAAUGGCGCCCCCUCCUGCAAGAUGGUGUGUAGUUCAUCCUCAACAAAAAAACCCUCACACGAAGGUCUAAAUCCAAUGCUGUCCAGCUUCGACUUCUUCUCCAACGAGGAAUACCUGGAUGGAGAUAAAACAGCGAUCUCCAUCGCCUUCAGACAGUUUUUGGAGGAGCAAAAUAAAAAAGCUAAAGCUUUGGAAAAUGGCAAGAGCACAGAAGCGGAUGAUGUGGAUAUGGAACGAGGGAGAGUGAACGGCAAAGUACCCGCGAACAUCUCUGACUCAGUGUCAAGAAAGUACAAAGGGGACACUGACGGUGAAGUGUCUCUGAACAGCUUUUUGAAAGCUUCUCCUUUUCUGUCUGCCGAAGAGGAGGAGACGAGAGUCAAGCCUCACUCAAAGUCACUUCACAAAGACUGGCACAAUGGGGACGAGUCCUCCAAACCAAAGGUCAGGGUCACUCACUCAGCCCGGGAAAUGUUUGAUGAAUGCUUUGACAAAUGGCAGACUGUGACCUACUCACAUGUCGCUGACAGUGAGCUUGACGCCAUGGCAGAGGACACGUAUCUCAGCCGAAAGCAGGAAAGAGCAGCGGCCAUUGCUGCUGCCCUCGCCAAGAGGGAGUUAGCAGGAACACUCGAGGAACUGUCCCCAGACAUGGGAGGUAAGGCCAGGAAGAUGGCAAAAUCUCCAUCCAUCCCAUCCCCUACACCAGCAAGGAGGAACCCUGACGUAGAGCUCAGGGGAGAGGACUCUCCUUUCAUGUCCUCAAGAAAACAGGAAGCAAAAUUAAAUGUCAGAAUGGAUUUCCUUGGAGAAAGCCUGAGGAGCUCUUCUGAUAUUUUAGCUGAGGAGCGACAGCUGUCUCAGGAUCUUGUGCAGUCCUCAAAAAAGGAUCAGGAGUUCCGCUCCAUCUUCCAACAUGUUCAGGCUCCUCAGUCACAGAGGAGUCCCUCUGAGCUGUUCGCUCAACACAUCGUCACCAUCGUUCACCACAUCAAAGCUCAGCACUUUCCAUCCUCUGGAAUGACUCUAAACGAGCGAUUCACCAUGUACCAAAGACGAGCUGCAGAGAAGGAAACGCUGAAGCCAAGAAAAAGCCCAGAGAUACACAGGAGAAUUGAUGUUUCGCCGAGAGCUUUUAAGAAACACGCUCAAGUUUUUGAGGCGAUGAAAAGCUCAGAGGAUGGCACUAACAAGGACGGCGGGGAAAAAAUGAAGGGUGACCCGAUGGACCUUCGCUUGGAUAUUGAGCGCCGUAAAAAAUAUUCCACCCAUGACCGGGGAAGAGAUGCGGGAGAUUCUCCAGAUUCUAGUAGAGAGAGAUCUGUGGAAAAGUUCUCCAAAGGCCGCAAGAGAUCAAAGAAGAGUGAGAAGAAGCGCACUCGCUCAAGGUCGUCAUCAUCUUCCUCGUCCUCCAAGUCCCAAAAAGAAGAUUUGUCCCAUGGCAAGUCUGAUCCCAAAGAACAAACCUUUGACAGGGCUCGACUGGGUCAAGCGGAGUCACUGGGAACAGUUGAAAGAGGAAGGCCACCUGGAGGAUUUCAAGUCCGAAUUCGUGGAAGGAGCUGGAACGGAGGCAGUUAUCAGGGAAACAGUUCACAGAGCAACACCAUGGCAAACAUGGAAGUACAUCAAAAAUCUGAAGACUGGGACCCAGAGUACACUCCCAAGAGCAGGAAAUACUUCUUGCACGAUAACAGAGAACGGGAUGCGGAGUGCAAGUGGUUAGACGGCCGAGGGCGCGGACGGGGAAGCCUCUCGCGUGGAAGGGCGCGCUUCAUCAUACGCAAAGCCACCGGGGGCCCCAACACCAACAGCCCCAAGUGGGCCCAUGACAAGUUCCAGAUCAACGGGGAGCAAGGCAGUGCACAGGAAGAGGAGACGGAACAGGACCAUAAGGAAGGAGAAAUGGAAGGAGAGAAGACUUGAGAAGUGAAGCAGUGUGCUGGAAGUCUUAAAUGUUCUUCUGUUUUAAAUGGGAUCUGACUCUAUCCACCACAGUGGAUCAUAAAUGCAGAUUAAAAUGUUUUAAGACUCUUUUAUACUUACAUUUCAGCGUAGGAUACUCACUCUGACUUCACACGUAACGACUUCCCACAUCAGGGUAGAACUGUUAACGAGUAGAAGCACUGUUUUAAAAAGGUAAAUUGCUGUUUCUCAUAAGAAUUUGGAUUUAUUUUUUGCUUUAUAUGGUUAAAAAUGGAAAUAUUUCUGUGCAGCAUUUUUGCAGCAAAUUUACACUUUUCCCUUAAUGACAUUUGUAGUUUUAAGAGAAAAUCACAUCAGUUUGUGCCUUAUACUUGUGCAAAUUAAGAAAUGUUUUGUGAGGUUACAAGAUAAAUAGUUUGAAAAAGUUGAAGAAAAGCAGGCUUUUUGUUUUUGAGCCGUGUCUUGUCUGGAUUAAAAAUGACAGCAAUACGUACACUGUAGUUCAUGUGGACAUAAACAAAAACAUCAAUGUAUAGCCAAUUCAGCACUCUACACAUGACCCUGAUCUGACAUGGGACCAAACUGUUACGGGGUCAAAGGUUAUGCUCUACUGUCUUUCAUUCGUACAACAUCCAACAGAUCUACAAUACUACCUGGCAGCAUAGAAGACUGUUAUCAUAAAGGAGAAGUACCUGCUCGUCAAACACGUCUAUACAUUACAGCAGCUCUUUGCUUGAUCUUGGAUACCACUUAAUCAAUGUAUAAUAUUGAUGGUGAUUAUACUUUACACAUUUUUGUACCUGGCUGGGAAGGAUUUGACUUUGUCUGUAAAGGUCACUUUGCUAUAGAUUUUGAUGUGUUUUUUUUUUCAUUUGCAAACUUUUCUCCAGCACAAUAAUGAUUUAAUCAAUUAUGUAAAUUGUUUUCAACUGUGUCGAUUAGCAUUACGUUUUAGAAAUACAGAGCAGUUUGUCGAGCGAGGAUGACAGUGUGUCUAAACCUAGAAGUGAUCGAGUGAUUAUCUCCAAUGACGUUAAGAUAUUUGUGUAACUGCCCACACGAUUGAAUUACACGAUUUUUGUGCCUUGCUGUGGAUCUGCUGGUCUUAUUUGUACAAUGCAGGCCGACACAUUGAGAUUCACAUUUAACUGUUUCAAAGGUCACCUGCUUGGGAAUUAUUGCUGAUACUGGUUUUUUCUUUCUUUCUUAGAGACUGUAAAUUAAAGAGACACUGACUUUAA